CUUGUUGUUAGAAUAUUGUCUAUUCGGUGCCCAUGUGAGCACACAUGUCGGGGGUGAGGGGGAGUUCGUCCAAAGGGAAAAAUCAGGCCGACCGAACUACAAAUAACAGGAGCUCCCAGGGCAGCCGCCUCGGAAGGCCUCCGCGAUAGGCCCUGGGGCCUAUUUAGUCGUAGCCGCUUGUGUUAUGUUUUUAAUUUACAUUUGAUUGAUGAGAAGACUUCUCAUCGUAGAGACGAAAGCCGCGCUCUGCAGAAGUGCUUUCUGUGCGAGCGAGCAGCUAAUUUGUCCCCUCCGCUAGCCUUCUGCGCGCGCGUCAUUUGUUGCGUACUUUGCAGCAAAGGAAUAAGCAGGAGAAAGAUCCCGAUCUGUGCGUAUUGGAGCCUGAGGGGGAAACGGCAGCACUCUGCAUUUAACGCAGGCAUGGAAAAACUGCUGAAGACCGAACUGAAAACGACCCUUCUGAAAGCAUUUGGGAGCUCAGGCGGCGGAUGCAUAAGCCAAGGGCAGAGCUAUGAAACCGACCACGGGAAAGUGUUUGUUAAAAUCAACAGCAAGUCUCAGGCUAGGACAAUGUUUGAGGGAGAAAUGGCAAGCUUAGAGGCUAUUCAGCAAACCAACACCCUGCGGGUUCCACAGCCAAUUAAAGUGAUUGAUCUUCCUGGAGGUGGGGCAGCAUUUGCUAUGGAGUACCUGAAAAUGAAGAGUCUCAAUAAAUACUCUGCAAAACUUGGAGAACAAGUAGCAGAUUUUCACCUUCAUAACCAAAACCUUGGAGUGAAAUUACAGAAAGAUGAAAACACAGUUGGGAAAGGUGCAGGCAUAUCUGAACCCCGCUAUGUGGAUAAGUUUGGAUUCCAUAUAGUCACCUGCUGUGGCUAUAUUGCUCAGGUGAAUGAAUGGCAAAAUGACUGGCCCACUUUUUUUAUUCGCCACCGGCUCCAGGCCCAAAUGGAUUUGAUUGAGAGAGAUUAUGGAGACAGAGAAGCGAGAGAGCUGUGGUCUCAGCUAAAGCCCAAGAUCCCAGAGAUGUUUUGUGGUCUGGAGAUCAUUCCUGCACUCAUUCAUGGGGACCUGUGGGCAGGAAAUGUAGCUGAAGACGACUCUGGCCCAAUUCUCUUUGAUCCUGCUUGUUUCUAUGGUCAUUCAGAAUUUGAACUUGCAAUUGCUAUGAUGUUUGGUGGUUUUAGCAGCUCUUUUUUCUCUGCUUAUCACAGCAAAAUCCCCAAGGCUCCAGGCUUUGAAAAGCGCAACAAACUUUACCAGUUAUUUAACUAUAUUAACCACUGGAACCAUUUUGGGACAGGAUAUCGGGGAUCUACUCUUAAUGUAAUGCGAAAACUCUUAAAGUAAUCUUCAGACAUAGUUAUCCAGAGUAAAUUAUCUCCUGCUUUGCUGUUGUCAAAAUGAGAAAACUGAAGUUUCAAAGAUGAUGGGCGGCCACAUGGAAGUUGCAAGGGGAAUGAUCAGGUAGCAUUACACAUUUGAUUCCUCACAAAGUGCUUGCAGUAGUUUUGGAAUUUCUGCAUUCUGCAAUUGUUAGCCAGCAUAUUAAUUACCACUUACCAUUAAUUAAUAGCCAUAUUGGUAAGGUAGGGAAAAUAUGUACAGUUCAUUAUCCUAGAGAGUGAUUUCUGUAAUACAGUAAAUUCACAAGCAACAUAGACACUUCAUCCACUGGAAAGCCCAAUAUUUCAUUGUGGUUCUAUAGUUAGCAACAGAUGCUCCCAUUUUUGAAAGUCACUUUUCAAAUUGCAUUGUCUUGGUGUGUUGAGACUACCACAUUAGUUAGUCCAUUUUAGCUGAAAAAAUACACCUACAAAAAUGUCCAAUGGCUUGCAUGAAAGCAGUAACUACCUCUCCCCUGCACCCCCCCCCCCACAGCAGCUCCUUCUACACAAACUGCUUUUAAAACUUCACUUCAAAAACUGGACUGGCAUUAGAAGCUCUUUCUUCCUAUGCAACGUAAGGAAGCUCUGUUUUAUACAAACAGGUCACGCUAUGUUGACUUCAUAGUAUGGUUAUAAUGUAUACAUUACACAUUGUAUUAAAGCUAUAAUGUACUAUUUCAUCUUCGAGACUGCAGCUAAUUUAUUGUGGCAUGAGCUUUCAUAGAAGAAGAAAACCUUUGGUUUUGAGGAUCUUGUAAUUGUAAACCUUGUUUUUAUUUGAAACAAGCCAAAUAUAUUUCAGAUAUUUCCCAUGUGUUUACAUGUGGAGACUGGUUUGGGGCAGUAUAGAAAUGUAUUAAAUAAAUAAACAAUAAAUGUGGAGCAGCUUGAAUAAUAGCUUGGAAGCAGUGGUUACAUAGGUUUUAGCCCUAUAGCCUCACCCCUCUGUAUUUAGCAGCCGCACCCUCUUCCACCUUUGGCUAAGCCUUUGUGUGUGUGUUAAGAACUGGAUAUAAAAAUAAUAUGCUACAAUAAAGAAAGCUGAGCUUGUA